UUUUUGGAUAUGCACAUGUAUUUGUUUUUAAGUGGAUUUGUGAUUAGUAUUAUAUUUGACUGUUUGUGGGUCCUCCCAUGGGCAGAUUGGUUCUCACCAGCCACAGUACAUCGACUGGAGAGACAAGUGGUGCCACAUUUUUUCUCUGGAAAAUCACCAGAACAUACACCAGAGAAAUACAUGGAAUGUAGGAACUAUAUUGUUGCCAAGUACAUGGAUAAUCCAGAGAAGAGGCUUGCAGUUUCUGAUUGCCAGGAUUUGGUAGUAGGUGUUAACAAUGAAGAUCUAAAUCGAAUUUUUCGGUUCCUUAAUCACUGGGGGAUCAUUAAUUACUGUGCUGCUGCACCAAGUCCAGAGCCUUGGAAUAGUGGGUCCUAUUUGAGGGAGGAUUCUAAUGGUGAGGUACAUGUGCCGUCAGCCGCUUUAAAGUCCAUUGAUAGUUUGAUCAAAUUUGACAAGCCCAUGUGUAGACUCAAGGCAGCUGAAGUAUAUUCAUCAUCAUCAUGUCAUGAUGAUGAUUUCUUGGACUUGGACAACAGAAUUCGAGAGCGUUUGUCUGAAAAUAAUUGCAAUUAUUGUUCUCAGCCAAUUCCAGUUGUGUAUUAUCAGUCACAGAAGGAGGUUGAUGUACUUCUAUGCUCUGAUUGUUUCCACGAAGGGAGAUUUGUUAUUGGUCAUUCAAGCCUAGAUUUUAUUAGGCUGGAUCCUACAAAAGAUUAUGGUGAUCUAGAUGGAGAAACUUGGAGCGAUCAAGAAACAUUUUUGCUACUUGAGGGUAUAGAAAUCUACAAUGAUAAUUGGAAUGAAAUUGCGGAGCACGUUGGUACCAAGUCAAAAGCACAAUGCAUCCUCCAUUUUGUCCGUCUACCCAUGGAGGAUGGCCUACUAGAAAGUAUUGAGGUUCCCAACUUGUCCAAGCCAUCUGAUUCAUCAAGUAGAGAUGAUACUGGAAGAUUACAUUCAACUUUAAAUGGUGAUCUACCAGGAUCAUGCCUUCAAGAAGUUGAUUUGGAAAGUCGGCUUCCGUUUGCAAAUUCCGGGAAUCCAGUUAUGGCCUUGGUUGCUUUUUUGGCCUCUGCUGUUGGACCCAGAGUUGCUGCAGCUUGUGCUCAUGCAGCCUUGGCAACACUGUCCGAACAGAUGGAAGGAUCGGGACAUGGUAACAGAAUGAACGCAGAAAGUGUACGUACUAGGGAAGUUGGUUUUCAUGGAGAUAUUGCAAAUUCAAUUCAGCAAAAAGAAGAGAACUCGGCCCAUGGUUCGUGGGGUCAAAAUGGGGUGGAGGUUUCUCCAUUACCUGCAGAUAAAGUUAAAGUGGCUGCCAAAGCUGGUCUUUCUGCGGCAGCAACAAAGGCGAAACUAUUUGCAGAUCAUGAAGAGCGAGAAAUUCAGAGGCUUUCUGCUAAUAUAAUAAAUCAUCAGCUGAAGAGACUGGAGCUGAAGUUGAAACAGUUUGCAGAAGUGGAAACCUUGCUAAUGAGAGAGUGUGAACAAGUUGAGAAGACAAGGCAGAGGUUUGCUGCAGAUCGGGCCCGUGUUGUAUCAGCUCGGUUUGGUACUGCUGGAGUCCCUUCACAAGUGAAUUUGCCAAGCGCUGCUCCUUCCAUGGUUAACAACAACAUGGGUAACAAUCGACAACAAGUAAUGUCAGCCUCAUCUUCGCAGCCAAGUAUUCCAGGUUAUGGCAGCAGCCCCAGCCAACCAGUCCAUCCCCACAUGCAGUUUAGGCCGCAGCAGUCUAUGUUUCCAAUGGGACAGAGGAUGCCUAUAACAUCUUUACAAGCAUCAUCUUCAUCACCUUCAAAUGUGAUGUUCAACACCCCAGGUAACGCCCAGCCUGCUAUGAAUCAUCCGAUGCUGAGGUCUGUAUCAGGUACUAGUUCAGGCCUUGGUUGAUAUAUAGACUACUUAAUGUAUACUUGGAGUCAUGUCCUAUCCUUCAAUUGUAUUUGGUGGUUGGUUUCUUACUCCUGCGCUGCCAUGGGAAGAAGAGAUAAGACCUGAGAGAUUCACCUUUGAAAAUGUUUACUUCGAUCAGUACAGAAAUUUCUAUGGGCAGUUUGUAGGGUCUUGUAACACCACACGAUUAAUUGGUGUUUGGAUCUGAUCUUGAAUUAUUGCAAUUGAAAAAUGAAAAGUUAAUUUUGUAAAAUGGAUGGAUUAUAUUAGUGUAGAAUGUGAAAUAAAUUAUGGCCUUCGAU